AUGCUGUUCUUGGUUGUACCAGUGGUUUCCGCGACCUGGCUGACCGGACGCUUCGUUUGCUCGCAAAACCAAACGAUUGAGAAGCUCUCACUGACGAUCCUUCUCAACAGUUCACCGACGACAAAGGUGGCCGGCUACACCUCCCCCAUCGUGGCCCUGCGGAAAAAGCUCUCUCUGUACGCCAACGUUCGGCCGUGUAAAACAACAUUAUCCCCCGCCUUCAAAUCACCAACCCCAUCCCCGAUUGACCUUGUCAUUGUGCGCGAGAACACCGAGGACCUGUAUGUGAAGGAGGAGAAGACAUACCCGGACCCUUCAGGUGAAGGUCAAAUUGCCGAGGCCAUCAAACGUAUCUCGUCCAAAGCAAGCUGGCGCAUUGCCAACAUUGCCGGCGAGAUUGCGGUCCGGCGACAGAAGAUGCGCCAGGGCUCGGCGGACUCGCAAGCGAAGAAAGCCGUUGUGACCAUCACACACAAGUCAAACGUGCUGUCACAGACCGAUGGUCUCUUCCGCUCCACAGCGCGCGAAGCCUUGUCUCAGCCGCAGUUCUCCUCGCUGGCGGUUGAGGAGCAGAUCGUCGAUAGCAUGGUGUAUAAGCUGUUCCUGCAGCCGCAGUACUACGACGUGAUUGUCGCGCCCAACCUUUACGGCGACCUGCUGAGCGACGGCGCGGCCGCUCUCGUCGGCAGCCUGGGCCUUGUCCCGUCGGCCAAUGUGGGUGAGGGCAUCGUCAUCGGCGAGCCGUGCCACGGAUCCGCGCCGGAUAUCGAGGGCAAGGGCAUUGCCAACCCCAUUGCCACCAUCCGCAGCGUGGCCGUCAUGCUGGAGUUCUUGGAUCUGCCGGAUGCCGCAAAUGUCAUCUACAAUGCGGUCGACAAGAAUCUGGAAGAGGGUCGCUUCGUGAGUCCUGACUUGGGCGGCACGGCGUCGACGGAGGAUGUCGUGAAUGAUAUCUUGAAGAGAUUGUAA